AUGAUGAAAAUGUGUGUACUUCUCCCGGACAACGCUCAAAAAUAAUUUUUUUUUUCGCAACAGCACUUUUAAAUAGCAAAAAUUCAAGUUUACAGAAUGUUUGUCGAUGAUUGUGAAACACAUUUCAACACAAAAUGUUUGUAUGGAGUGCUGGGCGUGGAGAAGACUUGUACUAACUCGGAAUGUAAGUUUUUAUUGAAAAAAUAGUGGUAAACAUCAAAUUUCAGUGAAAAAAGCGUAUUAUAAACAGUCUAUGCGAUGGCAUCCGGAUAAAUCAAGCCUGGAGCAGGAGAACAAGGAAUUGUAUACGAUUAAAUUUCAAAUUUUGAAUAAAACCUACACGAUUUUAAGUGAUAAGGAGAAGCGAGCGAUUUACGAUGAAACCGGCAAAAUUGCAGAUGAAAAUGAGGAGACAACGCAAGAGGAAAUGAUGGAAGCUUGGAGAAAAGUGUUCAAAAAAGUCACCAAGGAAGACAUUGAUAAUUAUAUGAGAGAAUUCGAAGGAUCCGCUGAGCAAAAGCGGGAACUAAUCGAAAAAUAUGAGGAAUUUGAUGGGGAUUUUGAGAAGAUUCAGGAAUAUGUUUUGGGAGAGAAUUUAAAGGAGAUUUUGGAUGAAUUAAUUGCGAAUGGGGAAUUGAAAGCGACGAAGAAGUAUAAAUCAUCGACGAGUUUGAAGAAGCAAAAAAGUCGAAAAUUACGGGCUGAAAAAGAGGCGGAAGAAGCGGAGAAGGUUUUGAGGGAAAUGGAGGUGAGAUUUUGCUCUAGAGCUAGAGCUUUUAUAAAAAAAAUUUGGGGAAAAAUUCAUUAAUUCUUUCUACAAAAGCUAAAGUUUAAUCAAAUGGCUGUAAAAGUUUUAGAAAACAACAUCUUGUGACUGUUUUAAAUUAAAAUAGCUUUUAACCUUAAAAGUGGAGAAAAUAUUGCGAAAUCUUCUAGAAACUGAAUAAGAAAACAGUGUAGUCUUAUCGAAAUCUCGCCAUUUCGCAAUUGAAAAUUGUUUUGAAAUAGGAGAAAAAUAAUGCAAAUUGACCUUUCAAGGUUGAAUUUUAGUGGAUUUUAUGCGAAAAAUAUUGAUUUUUCUGAUGCAGAACUUUGAAAAUCGGAUUAUUUUUAUUUUUAGAUCUCGAAAACUUGCCCUAACUUUUCAGAAUUGAAGAAUUAGCCCAACUUACGAACUUUCUUGAAAAAUAAGCCAAAUCAAUUCGACCUAAGCCUAACGAGCCUAAUUUUAACCUUAAGCCUAACCUAAAUUUAGAUUUGGGCCGGUUUUGUGUAGAUUUUGAGAAAAGGGAUCAUCCAGAACCUUUCAGGCCCAUUUUUCAAGCUUCUAGGCCUAUUUUUCAAGUUUUUAGGCCCAUUUUUCAGGCUUCUGGAUAUAUUUUUCCUCAAGCUUCUAGGCCCAUUUUCCAGGCCCAUACGUCGCAUGCCAGGGGUAAUCGACCCGUGGAGGGGUUAUCCCUCCCACCAAAUUUUGGAGGGGGUUGUCACUUGAGAUAAAAAAUUUCAUGAAAUUUUCUCAGUUUUGAUGAUAAUUUUCUCUACAUAUUCUGCCAUAGGGAUACCAAUUUAAGCCUCAAAAAAGUUUCCACAUAAAUAUCUAAUUAAAUUAGAGGUAGCAGGGCUUUAUUAGACCCUUAUCAACUAUGCUCCACAAUAAAAUCCAAAGAAAUAAGCCUAGUAUCAGAAUGGGACCACUAUGUCAUUUUUCACCUCUGUUAUCAAAGAACACAGGGGUAAAAAGUCACUAGGGGUAUCUAAUGAAUACCAAUGAAUAUUAGACUUGAGUUAGGGGUGAUUUACCUUAAUUAGGUUCUUAUCAACUAUUUCCAAGAAGGGAAAAUGUAUUAAUUUCAAAAACAUUAGUUUGACCCUGAAUCAAACCACCAACUCUGAGAAAAAAAUAUGAUCGUAAUUGUAGAUUACAUUACUAUUCUGUGGAUCGCUCACUUUUAAUUUCAUCCAAGAGAUUAGUUUUAAAAAGGUCAUAUCAAAUCUAGCUAGUUAAACGAGACACUAAAUGAAUCAAAUUGUGCAACCACAUUGAUCCAUAUUAAUUUUGAAUAACUCUACAUUGUCGCUUAAUCAUAAUUUUUGCAAAUAUUACAGUCAGUUGAUAUGUGAAAAAAUGACAUAGUGGUCCCAUCUUGAUACCAGGCUUAUUUCUUUGGAUUUUAUUGUGGAGCAUAGUUGAUAAGGGUCUAAUAAAGGCAUGCUACCCCUAACUCAAGUCUAAUAUUCAUUGGUAUUCAUUAGAUACCCCUAGUGACUUUUUACCCCUGUGUUCUUUGAUAACAGAGGUGAAAAAUGACAUAGUGGUCCCAUCUUGAUACCAGGCUUAUUUCUUUAGAUUUUAUUGUGGAGCAUAGUUGAUAAGGGUCUAAUAAAGGCAUGCUACCCCUAACUCAAGUCUAAUAUUCAUUGGUAUUCAUUAGAUACCCCUAGUGACUUUUUACCCCUGUGUUCUUUGAUAACCGAGGUGAAAAAUGACAUAGUGGUCCCAUUCUGAUACUAGGCUUAUUUCUUUGGAUUUUAUUGUGGAGCAUAGUUGAUAAGGGUCUAAUAAAGGCAUGCUACCCCUAACUCAAGUCUAAUAUUCAUUGGUAUUCAUUAGAUACCCCUAGUGACUUUUUACCCCUGUGUUCUUUGAUAACAGAGGUGAAAAAUGACAUAGUGGUCCCAUCUUGAUACCAGGCUUAUUUCUUUAGAUUUUAUUGUGGAGCAUAGUUGAUAAGGGUCUAAUAAAGGCAUGCUACCCCUAACUCAAGUCUAAUAUUCAUUGGUAUUCAUUAGAUACCCCUAGUGACUUUUUACCCCUGUGUUCUUUGAUAACAGAGGUGAAAAAUGACAUAGUGGUCCCAUUCUGAUACUAGGCUUAUUUCUUUGGAUUUUAUUGUGGAGCAUAGUUGAUAAGGGUCUAAUAAAGGCAUGCUACCCCUAACUCAAGUCUAAUAUUCAUUGGUAUUCAUUAGAUACCCCUAGUGACUUUUUACCCCUGUGUUCUUUGAUAACAGAGGUGAAAAAUGACAUAGUGGUCCCAUCUUGAUACCAGGCUUAUUUCUUUAGAUUUUAUUGUGGAGCAUAGUUGAUAAGGGUCUAAUAAAGGCAUGCUACCCCUAACUCAAGUCUAAUAUUCAUUGGUAUUCAUUAGAUACCCCUAGUGACUUUUUACCCCUGUGUUCUUUGAUAACAGAGGUGAAAAAUGACAUAGUGGUCCCAUUCUGAUACUAGGCUUAUUUCUUUGGAUUUUAUUGUGGAGCAUAGUUGAUAAGGGUCUAAUAAAGGCAUGCUACCCCUAACUCAAGUCUAAUAUUCAUUGGUAUUCAUUAGAUACCCCUAGUGACUUUUUACCCCUGUGUUCUUUGAUAACAGAGGUGAAAAAUGACAUAGUGGUCCCAUUCUGAUACUAGGCUUAUUUCUUUGGAUUUUAUUGUGGAGCAUAGUUGAUAAGGGUCUAAUAAAGGCAUGCUACCCCUUACCCAAGUUCAAAAUUCACGAUUUGCCUCAUUGAUGCAAAUUCUGAGCUUAAGCUCAAUAAAAUUGUAAUUUUCAGAUUUCUAUAGCUGGAAAUAAAGAAAAAAAUGAAAAAAAAAAGGGGGGGGGGUUAUCCCUAUCGUCGAAAAUUUUCAAAAAUAGGGGUAUGCACUGGCGGAUUUGAAACAGGGGUAUGCGACGUAUGUCCAGGCCUCUAGGUCUAAUUUUCAGAGGCUUCUAGGCCUAAUUUUCAGGCUUCUGGGUUUAUUUUUGGCCAAGCCUUAAGGUCCAUUUUCCUCAGGCUUCUAGGCCUAUUUUAUGACAAAAAUUGAAUUUUUUAAAAUCUCGUAAAUCAUUCAACCUGAAAAAUACCUUAGAAUCUCUUUUUCAGGCCCAAUUUUCAGCAUUUUAGGCCCAAUUUUCAGCCUUUUAGGCCCAUUUUCCAGGCUUCUAGGCCCAAAAUCCCCCUGUAUUUUCCAGGCUUCCUCGUCUUCCUCCCUCGAAUCAAUGAUUUUGGCGCGAAACGCGAAACGUGGCGCCCAAAUGGACUCGUUCUUCGACUCACUCGCCGAAAAAUAUGCGCCCAAAAAAUCCAAGAAAAAAUAA